AUGUCUGACUUUCCUGUAUUUAUUGGUUCACAACGUGUCGUAUCGAUUCCAUCGAAAUGCAGUCGUUAUGUUCUUGUUACAUUUCCACAAGUUCCUAUACGUUAUAAUGCUCCAACACAUGUUGAACGUUUAUUAUUACCGGAACGUUUUCCAACAUUAUUUCAAAAUAUAGUACAUAAUUAUGAACAUAAUCGAAAUAAUAAAUAA